UGCGGGUUAAAGAUAGCCAACGGCAACCAAGCGCUGACCACGAUGGCUGCUCAGAUUGAAAUCAUCUACCAUGUCGACAAGCCCCAAGAAAGCAAGCCCCAAGAAGGCGUCGAGUCCGACCAAGCGCGCGGCGUCUCCGAAAAAGCCGGCCGAGAGUCCAUCCAAGAAGAAGAUGAAGCUCGUCGGCUACAACAACUUUGUGCGUCACAACCCCAAGUCGGACAAGUUUGACGCACGCAAGUUCCACCACAUUGAGUUCUACUGCCAGGACGCGACCAACGUCUCCAAGCGCUUUGGCUGGGGCGCCGGCCUCAAGUGCGUCGCCAAGUCGGACCAGUCGACCGGCAACCACAGCUACGCCAGUUAUGUCAUGCAAACCGGCGAGCUCCAGCUCGUCAUCACAGCGCCCUACUCGCGCGCCAACAAGAAGGCCGACCAAGUGCCGCCGCACCCGGGCUACGAUAUCAACCACGCGCACGAGUUCAACAACAAGCACGGCCUUGCGGUGCGUGCGAUGGCCGUCACCGUCGGCGAUGCCAAGAAUGCAUACGAGGUGUCGGUCAAGAACGGCGCCGUCGGUGUCUGCGAGCCCAAGACGCUCAAGGACGCCAAGACAGGCACGUCGCUCGUGAUUGCCGAAGUGAAAUUCUAUGGCGACGUCGUCCUCCGCUACGUGAGUGGCGACUACAAGGGCCGCUUUUUCCCGGGCUACGAAGAUGUCGAGGGUCCGGACGUCAGCAUUGGUAUCGAGCGCCUCGACCACGCCGUUGGCAAUGUCCCCAAGCUCAUUGACGCCGUCCAGUACGUCUGCGACUUUACCGGUUGGCACGAGUUUGCCGAGUUUACGACCGAUGACGUCGGUACCGUCGACAGCGGCCUCAACUCGAUGGUCCUCGCCAACAACUCGGAAAUGAUCCUCCUCCCGAUGAACGAGCCGACCUUUGGCACGAAGCGCAAGAGCCAGAUCCAGACCUUCCUCGAGCAAAACGAAGGCGCGGGCCUCCAGCACAUGGCGCUCAAGACCAACGACAUCUUCCACACGCUCGCCGAGAUGCGCAAGCGCACGCACCUCGGCGGCUUUGACUUUAUGCCCAAGCCGUCGGACGCGUACUACAAGAACCUCCCGACCAAGAUUGGUGAUACGUUUACGGCCGAUCAGUACAAAAAGAUCGAGCAACUCGGCCUCCUCGUCGACAAGGACGACCAGGGCAUCCUUCUCCAAAUCUUCACCAAGCCGCUCGGCGACCGCCCGACGUGCUUUUUCGAGAUCAUUGAGCGCGUCGGCUGCAUGGAGGAGCUGAACGGCCGCUUGGAGCAGGCUGCCGGCUGCGGCGGCUUUGGCAAGGGCAACUUCUCGGAGCUUUUCAAGUCGAUCGAGGACUACGAGCGCACGCUCGACGUCUAAAUCGCUCGCCAAAAAGGAACACAAAACACAAA